AUGGGCCAUGAUGAGAAACUAAGAGCUGAAGCUCAAGUGGCAGAAGAUGGUAGUGACCAUGAAGAGCAAGUCUUUGUAGUUUCUUGCUCAGCUGCCAAAGGAAAAGCCACAAAAGGAUGGCUGAUAGACAGUGGUUGCACAAACCACAUGACUCCUAAUGCUGCUAUCUUCAAGAACAUUGACAGAAGCUUCAAAACAAUGGUGAAAGUUGGCAAUGGACACUCCAUCAAAGCUGAAGGCAAAGGAGAUGUGUUGAUUGACACUCUCACAGGUAUCAAACUUGUUUCAAAUGUCUUGUUUGUGCCUGAAAUUGAUAGAAAUCUACUCAGUAUAGCUCAGUUGCUGAAAAAGGGCUAUUUACUCAGACAAUGCCACACAGUAGUGUUAGAUGAAUCCAAGUUGUGGCACAAGAGGCUAGGCCAUGUCAACUACAACUCACUAGCUAAACUAACCAAAGAAGACUUGGUUGAAAACUUCACCAAUUCUGUUGAGAAGGAAGAUGUAUGUGAGACUGAAGCUGAUCAAAAUUGUCCUGAAAUGGACAUUGACCAUAAGCUAGUCAGGGGAACCAAAUCUUUAAGUGAAAUAUAUGAAAGGGCUGAAGUGGUUGCUAUUGAACCAAGCUAUUUUGAAGAAGUUGAAGCUCAACAAGGAUGGAAAUAG